UUAUUUAAUCAUAACUUAAUAGGAAAAGAUGAAAAAUUAGCAUUUGGAACUAUGAGGAUUCAAGGAUCUCAAAAAUCAACUGAGAAUAACCAGAGAAUUCUAAAAAGAAAAUUAGGUGAAGAAAGCAGUCAGUUUAAACUUUCACAUCAUGAGUUUACUUUACAUUAUAAAGGCAUUACAGUCAAAAGGAAUGCAAAUUAUACUCAAGUCAUGUUUAAAUUUAAUGGCCGCAAACAUAAUUUUUUAUCUGUCGAGGAUAUUGUAGAACUUAAAGAAACAUUAGAGGCAACUAUGCGAGAUCCAACUUGUAAAGUAUUAUUGCUCACAGGAACAGGUAAUCAGUUUUGUUCUGGACUUGAUCUUCAACCAUUAAUUUAUCAGAGGAAAGAAACAGUAGCAGAUGAAAUGGCUAAAAGUGUUAAGUAAGUUUCAU